AUGAGUGUGCGCAAGGCGCACAACUCUGGACGCAACCAUCUGAGAAACGUUGUGGAGUACUACCAACAGAUCGGACAAGAAAAGGCCCAAUCCGUCAUUGACUCCAUCACAUCAUCAUACGCCGCCGAAGGCCAGGCUGUACCCAACCCUGCGAUGGUGCCCCCGGGCGCCUACCCCCCUCCCUUUGGAUUUCCCGGCCGCCCAGGUCAACUUCCUCCUCCUCCCUUCGGGAUGCCCGCACCUGGCGCAGCUCCCGGAGCCCCAGGCAUGCCUCCGCCCCCUGGAGCAAGAGGCCUUCCCUUCCCACCCCCGUUCCCCGGCGUCGGCGGCCCCGGUGCCCCCGGCGGUCUUCCUGCCCUCCCCAACAUGCCCCCCGGCGCCCAGGGAUUCCCCCCCAUCCCACCCCCCGGCGGGUUCCCAGCUGGGUUCCCCACGCCUCCUCCCGGCGCAGCUGGGUUCCCCGGCCUGCCUCCCCCGGGCCAGCUUCCGCCAGCCGGGUACAGUCCCAGCCCGACUCCCGGGAUCAAUGGCCCGCCCGGCUCCGAUGCAUAUGCCCAUGCUGCUCCGCCUCCUGGCAUGGGUUCUUCGUCUCUGCCGGGCCCGCCUCCGGGAUUGGGUGAUAGACGAUGA